UGUAAGUGCCGGCAGGUUUUUCCACGCGCUCUCCAGUCCGCUGCAUUCCAAGCGCGCACGCUGCUGAUGAGAAAAUCCUGGUACCUCUUUUAAACGUGUGGAAAGACUGAGCGUGUAGGGAAAAUCAUGGAGGAAAAGAAGAGCGAAAUCAAUGGACACGCCGGGCACAAAAACCCGUUACCAGCAGUCUCAUUAAAAUCAGAAAAGAAUAGCUUUAAAGACCGGUUCAUGGUCUUCUUCAAAAGAAAUCUCCUAGUGAUAUUCACGGUUUCCGGGGUUCUGGUGGGCGUCGGGCUCGGGAUGAUGGUCCGUAACAUGAACCUUACCCGAGCGCAGAUGACUUACUUCGCCUUCCCCGGAGAGAUGCUGCUGAGGAUGCUCAAGAUGAUCAUCCUUCCUUUAGUGGUUUGCAGUUUGAUUUCUGGCGCUGCGAGUCUGGACACGCGCUCGCUGGGGAAGCUCGGAGGGAUCGCCGUGUCUUACUUUCUGGUGACCACUCUGAUCGCUUCAUCCAUCGGGGUAGCUCUCGCCUUCAUCAUCAAACCCGGCGUGGGAGCAGGAGCGCUGAACACCAACAACUUAGGGCUGGAAGGUGUGAGCUCCAACAAAGAGACAGCGGAUUCGUUUUUAGAUCUUGCAAGAAACCUGUUUCCAUCCAACCUGGUGGCUGCAGCUUUCCGCUCAUACGUCACCGAUUACAAGACCAUUCUUGUUGGAAAUGUAACGAACGAAACCCUCAACUACCAGAAGGUUCCCUAUGGAACAGAUGCAGAUGGAAUGAAUAUUCUGGGCCUUGUUCUCUUUGCUAUGGUUUUUGGAGUUGCUUUGAGAAAGCUUGGGGCAGAAGGAGAGGAGCUCAUUCGCUUUUUCAAUGCCUUCAAUGAAGCCACCAUGGUACUGGUGUCUUGGAUCAUGUGGUAUGUGCCUUUUGGCAUCAUGUUCUUGGUUGGCAGUAAGAUUGUGGAGAUGGAAGAUGUGGUUCUGCUGGUCACUAGUUUGGGGAAGUAUAUUUUUGCUUCUAUCCUUGGCCACAUCAUCCAUGGUGGCAUCAUCUUACCUCUUAUCUACUUUAUGUUCACUCGUGCAAACCCCUUCAGUUUCCUGUCUGGCCUCAUCACACCUUUUACCACUGCCUUUGCUACCUGCUCCAGCUCAGCAACACUGCCCACCAUGAUGAAGUGUGUGGAGGAGAACAACGGUGUCGACAAACGAAUUAGUCGUUUCAUUUUACCGAUUGGAGCCACUGUCAACAUGGACGGAGCAGCCAUUUUCCAAUGUGUUGCGGCUGUGUUUAUUGCCCAGCUCAACAACGUUGAACUCAAUGCAGGCCAGAUCUUCACAAUCCUUGUGACAGCCACCGCCUCCAGUGUGGGAGCAGCAGGUAUUCCAGCUGGAGGAAUCAUCACCAUCGCUAUCAUUCUGGAGGCCAUUGGUCUGCCCACCCAUGACCUGUCACUCAUGUUGGCUGUGGACUGGAUAGUAGACCGCACCACCACUGUUGUGAACGUGGAGGGAGAUGCACUUGGUGCUGGCAUUCUUCACCACAUCAAUGAGCAAGAGAUGAAGAAACAAAGAAAACAGGAGCAGCAUCAAGAGGAGCAGGAACUGGAGGAGGUGAAGGUGGAGGUGGUGGCUAAUGUCAAAGCAGAAGAGGAGACCUCCCCUCUCGUCACACACCAGUUCCAAGGAGACAGUUCCUCACGUGAAACACUUGACGACAAGGAUGGUGUGGAGUCUGUACUGUAAAGUGGUGACUGUGGUCUCUCAUCUCUUUCUUCUUUAAUCUUUCUCACUCUCACUCUUUUAAAAACCACUACAGACAUGAUGUCUCCACCAGUGUGAAGUUUACAUCAAAUAUAAGGUUGAUUCAAGUCUGAGAAUGGAACACUAAUGGUCAUUUUGCUGUUUUACAUUUGGUUUGAAGUACUUGACAGAAGAACCGGUUCAGUUAUGAUUAUCAGAUUAUGUGAAAAGUCUGAAAGGGAACAUUUCCAGUUUGCAAUCAGAUGUCUAGUGAAGAGAUGAAUAGUCUGACCUCUUGCUCUGUUUGUUUUCUAUAUUUUAUCUGACUGUGUGAAACAUAAACUAUUUUGAGGAUAAACCGGAAAGUAUUUGCUGUAAAUAUUUGUGUCUCUAAUGGCAUAUCCUGUUGAAUUGUGGUAUAGUCAAUUGAUUUUUUUUUGGGACUUUAUCAAAAUCAGGUCUGCUUGUGAAAUACUCGUG